AAACUCCUACCCCCGCCUCAAGAAUCUCUCUUCGCUCCGAGCGCCGGGGCCGAUACGGCCAUACCCACUGCAAUGCUCCGCGUUCCACGGCCAUGGCCUUCCUCAAGACCCUAAACCCUCUAAUACGCAGGCAGGCCACCCCGAUCGCUAUCCCCAGGCUGCUCCUCUCCCUCCACACUGUCCUCGAUUCAUCCUCCCCCACCACUACCGCCGCCGCCACCCCGUUUGCCAACGCUGUGCACACCCAUGUCCCCAUCCGGUCCGGCGGUCCGCUGUUCCUCUCGUCGGCCCCAUGGAUGCUGUCGCAGUCGGCGACACCGCUCACGGCCGCGGCUGCCGCCCUUGGCGCCAAGCUCCACAGGGCCCAGGCCCUCCCCGGCGGCCGCGCGCUGGCCGUCGCGGCCGCAGUGGGGUGGGAGCACAUGCGGAUCUCCAGGGGUGAAGCGGAGGUUGCGACGUCUUCGGGAAUUGUGGGAUAUGGAGGUGAGAGGUUUCUGAAUGCGCCCAAUUUAGUGUCGAUUGGACGGAUGGUGUCAGGGCCGGUCAUUGGAUGGAUGAUCGUGAAUGAAUGGUAUCUUCCUGCCUUUGCCACAUUGGCUAUCUCGGGUGCAAGUGAUUGGUUGGAUGGCUUUUUAGCUAGAAAGAUGGGCAUCAAUUCUGUAUUUGGAUCAUAUUUGGACCCUCUGGCUGACAAGGUUUUGAUUGGCUGUGUUGCUGUAGCCAUGGUUGAAAAAGACCUUUUACAUCCUGGUCUUGUUGGCCUCGUUGUCGUAAGAGACUUGCUCCUUGUGGGUGGUGCUUUCUACAAGCGGGCUUCUAGUCUGGGAUGGAAGUGGAAUAGUUGGUCAGAAUUUGUUAACCUAGAUGUUAUUCAUCGUGAAAAGGUUGAACCUCUGUUCAUCAGCAAGGUAAACACAGUCUUCCAAUUAAUGUUGGUUGCCGCUGCACUUCUUCAGCCAGAAUUUGGCACAGAGGAGACUCAGAAUUAUAUUGCACUUCUGAGUUGGCUUGUGGCUACUACGACAAUCACUUCCACAAUAGGUUAUGGUGUGAAGCACUACCGAAUCAAACCAAGGAGUCGGUGACUGUUGCUGCAGGCUAUUCAUGGAUUAAUUUGCUGCUGCUGAUGACAUACAUCAAGUGACUUACUGACUUGUAUCAAGCAUGCUGUUGUUUCUUAAGCUUCGUCAACUUCCCAAUUUGCAGCUGCACAACUAUAGGUCUUGUUGCCCCCCUUUGUCCUCAUGGAUUUCCUUAACGGCAAAAUUUUGGGCAAUAUUGGAGAAAGGAGUGAAGAACGGUCUCAUGAAUUGAAUGUAAUCGGUGCAUGAUUUGUGCGGUAGGCCUCUGGCCGUCCUCCUGUAGCUGUUAAGUCGUGGUGACUACUUUUGCCUAGUUUUGGCCUAAAGUGUCCAUCAAUUUGUCAGAGAUCAAACUAGCCGAACCUUUGCCUUUUGCUUUGUCCAGACACAUUAGCUAUAUUGCAGGUGUACAUAUGUACUUCAGAAUACUUGAACUUGGCAAAUGGCGAUCGCUAGGUGAUAUCACGCUUCCAGAUGUCUGCAGGUUAAAUGCAUUUACAACUAUGUUCAUGCA